GGUCCGGAGGUCGCACGCGGCAACGAUGGAGACCAGCCUGAGGUUCGACAGCGGCAACAAGCACCUGAAGCUGUUCGCCAAGGAGAAGUUCUGCAACGACGACAACUACGUGCUCACGGUCUCGGGGUCGCUGGACACGCGCGACGGUCGCGUCGAGUCGCGGGCGUACGUCAGAAAAAAAUUCUUCCCCAGCAGCGUGUUAUCGCGAGUGGACAUGGGCCUGAGCUACGCCACGACGCAGGACGACGUCAAGUACGGCGUCGCCGGCAAAAAGACGUUCGAGCUGGAUCACGAUGGGCUGCUCACUCUGGACGUGAAAGGGGGGUGCAUGGUGGGCAGCAAGGGCUUCAGUCGGCCGGACGUGGCCGGGUCCGUGGAGCUGACGAAGAAGAUUUUCAACUUCGUGGAAGAUCAGGACCUGAAGUUGCGGCUUGGGUACGACUUGUGCGAGCGGGGGUUCUACGGCCAGAUCCGGGAGAACAACUGGACGUUCAACACCAACUUUAGGGACAAGUGGGACGUCAAGUACGACCUGUGAAGCCUUAGCAGGCCAGCACGGAGAUAGAGUCGGGCGCCGUUAGUCGUGUGAAUGAAAUAAUCCACGCCAGUCAGCUGA